CCGGGCGCGGCCGCCGCGGUGCCAGUCCGGUCCCCCGACUGCGCUGGAAGCCCCGCGCCCGCGCCGGCAUGACGGGCGCCCUGUUCAAGGGGAACUUCUGGAGUGGGGACAUCCUCAGCACCAUUGGCUACGACAGCAUCAUCCAACAUCUGAACAAUGGCCGCAAGAACUGCAAAGAGUUUGAAGAAUUUUUGAAGGAAAGGGCAGCGAUCGAGGAGAAGUAUGGCAAAGACCUGCUCAACCUCUCCAGGAAGAAGCCGUGUGGCCAGUCUGAGAUCCACACCCUGAAGCGGGCCCUGGAAGUCUUCAAGCAGCAAGUAGACAACGUGGCACAAUGUCACAUUCAGCUUGCACAGACUCUAAGAGAAGAGGCCAGGAAGAUGGAAGAAUUUAGGGAAAAGCAAAAGCUACAACGGAAAAAGACCGAGGUUAUAAUGGAUGCUGUCCAUAAACAAAAGAGCUUACAAUUCAAGAAAACCAUGGAUGCAAAGAGGAAUUACGAGCAGAAGUGCCGUGACAAGGAUGAGGCGGAGCAGGCUGUCCACCGGAGUGCCAACCUGGUAAACCCAAAGCAACAAGAAAAGCUUUUUGUGAAACUGGCAACUUCAAAGACGGCAGUGGAAGACUCAGACAAAGCAUACAUGCUGCACAUCAACACGCUGGAUAAGGUCCGAGAGGAGUGGCAGAGCGAGCACAUCAAGGCCUGCGAGGUGUUUGAAGCUCAAGAAUGUGAACGAAUAAACUUCUUCCGGAAUGCGCUGUGGUUACAUGUGAAUCAGCUGUCAAAACAAUGUGUCACCAGCGAUGAUAUGUAUGAACAAGUCCGGAAGAGCUUAGAAAUGUGCAGCAUUGAGAAAGACAUCGAGUACUUUGUGAAUCAGCGCAAAACUGGACAGACCCCACCAGCACCCAUCAUGUAUGAGAACUUCUACUCCCCGAAGAAUGCAGUCGCUCCAGGAAAGGCUACCGGGCCCAACAUAGCAAGGAGAGGACCUCUCCCGAUUCCUAAAAGUUUACCAGAUGACCCUGAUUACUCUGUGGUUUCUGACUACAGCUUGAUCUAUCAGUGACAUUGAAG